CAGUGAUGCAGGGCAAGAUGUUCCUCUGGUGGCUGGGGUGCGCGGUGGCGGCCCUCGGAGCCGUCUGUUCAGCGGCGGACAGCACAAACGAGGAGGACCUGCUGCGCCAGCAGCGGCUGAUCGGCAACAUCAUCACGUCGACGACCACGGUGCUGACCAUCACCACCGUGUCGACGGAGGUACCCGUCAGCUGCCUGGUCAACACACUGCCCACGGUGGCCUGCACGGGCCGCCGGCGGAGGCGCGCCGCGGCGCCGCGCCCGCCCGCGCUGCCCGACCACCACAGUCCGGCUGACACCCGGCUGCACGGCUCGCUGAGCGAGGAGGCCGACCAGCACGAGCUGGCGGCCGCCGCGCCGCCGCUGGCAGACGCCGCCGCCGCCGCCGCCGCCGAGCAGAAGGCCAGGAUCUUCCUCUUCGCCACGCGCUUCGUCACCGUGGACAACGUGGUGACGUGGUACACGACGAGCACCAACGAGUCGACCACGGUCUCGUUCUCGCUGGCCUGCACGGCCGCCGGACAGAACCUGCUGACGCGCCGCUGCGUCAGCCCCUAGAGCCGCCGCCGCCGGCUGUAGGUGGCAGCACCGCCGACUGUGCGCUGUAGGUGGCACUACCAGUCGUCAGGGCUGAAGUAACUUCCUGCUAUAGGACCCUGUCGAAAUUACUGUGGCUGCUCGGGAGACUGAAAGCUGCCUUGUAAGCAUAGCUUGAUAUUACGUGUCUCCUCGUAUUUGUUCAUAUCUCCCAGAAAACAUGUAGCUGAGGGUUGCACCUCGUUAUAUUCGUUCGUUUAAUGCGUUGUGUUUUAAAUGAGUUAUUUAUCGUGUGAUAAGCAGAAAUAUUAGCGCAUAAACAUAAGAAGCAUACAUAGGCCACUGCAUAAACGGAGAGGUCCAUUUUAUGACAUGUUUCUGCCUUUUGUGAUCCAUCCUCUAUGUCCAUAGGACUGGUCACCUGCACCUCUGUCGACAUGACUGGUCACCUGCACCCCUAUCCACAGGUCUGGUCACCUGCACCCCUAUCCACAGGUCUGGUCACCUGCACCCCUGUCGACAGGACUGGUCACCUGCACCCCUGUCCUGUCCAGUGGACUGGUCCAUCCGGGUGACAGCGGGAGCGGCUGGGUCCCACCGGGACAGGAGCGGCGGGGCGGGCUGUCCCAGCGGGACAGGAGCGGCGGGGCGGGCUGUCCCAGCGGGACAGGAGCGGCGGGGCCGGCUGUCCCACCGGUCCCACGUCAUAGGACCGCUCAGCGCCACACACCGGUCCGCGGGGGACCUGGCACACGUAGCGUCCUAUCCCUCAGCCGGACUCCUGAGCCCACCCGACUCGAACAGACGACCGGCCUGCUGUUGACUAUUAUGUAGGAUCCUGCGCUUCUUCAUGUGCUUGUUAUUGUUUUGUUGUAUGCAUUCUAGACCAUUGUUAUGUAACAAUAAAUGAUUGA